AUGGUCAAGGAGCAGCGGAAACGUAAGCAGGACGAAGUGGACGCUCCGCCUGCGGACGAAAUUGCCACUGUCGACAUUGCCGAAGACAGUUCUGAAGACGAAGCUGACGACGACUCCGAUGCCGAGGCCGAGGCGGCGUUGGAAGCGCUUAUAGGCGAGGAGGCCAGUGACGCCGAGCUGGUGGACACUGAUGACUUCAGCGACCCCGAAACCAUUGGUGAUGGGGUUUCUGGCAUCAAGCUUGUCCCCGAGGCUUCAGGUGAGCCCGAGAUCCACACCAAGUUCAGCGACGGCACCCCUCGUAUCAUCAAACCCGAGAUCGACCCCGUGUACGACCUGGACGACUCCGACGCGGAAAACUUCAACACCAUCGGCAACAUCCCCAUCUCUGCCUAUGAGGAGAUGCCCCACAUUGGUUACGACAUCAACGGGAAGCGGAUCAUGCGCCCGGCGAAGGGGCUGGCCCUCGAUCAGCUUUUGGAGCUGAUCGACUUGCCCGCCGGGUGGACGGGGCUUUUGGACCAAAACACGGGCGAGAGUCUCAAGCUUAACGACGACGAGUUGGAGCUUAUUAGAAAGAUCCAGGCGCAAGAGCUGACGGACGAAAACAUCAACCCUUACGAGCCGAUGAUCGAGUGGUUCACCGGUGGUGCUCCCGAAGUGAUGCCGCUUAUGGCCACCCCGGAACCGAAACGCCGGUUUGUCCCCUCUAAGCACGAAGCUAAGCGAGUGAUGAAGAUUGUGCGGGCGAUUAGAGAGGGUAAGAUUCUUACUCCCGACCAAGUGAAGGCACGCAAGGAACAAGAACAACAGGAACGCCUCCAGUUUGACUUGUGGAACGACGAAACUGACACUCCCAACACCCAUAUCAUGAACUUGAAGGCGCCGAAGAUGGCUCCUCCUACUCAUGAAGAGUCGUACAACCCUCCUGAAGAAUACUUGAUGACGGAAGAAGAACGCAAAAAAUGGGAAGAAACCGACCCUGCUGACCGCGAGCGUAAUUUCAUCCCGCAAAAGUACCUGGCGCUCCGUAAAGUGCCUCAAUACGGCGAGAGUGUGCGUGAACGGUUCGAGCGGUGCUUGGACCUCUACUUGGCUCCUCGUGUGCGUCACAAUCGUCUCAACAUCGACCCGGAACUGCUUAUUCCCGACUUGCCUCUGCCUAAGGAUUUGAGACCGUUCCCCAUCAAGUGUCUGACUGUCUACCAAGGCCACGACGGGCGCAUUCGGACCGUAUCCGUGGACCCGCUGGGCACCUGGCUUGCCACUGGCGGUGACGACGGUACUGUCAGAGUGUGGGAAGUGCUCACUGGCCGCCAAGUGUGGAAGGCUCAACUUGUCGACACUGAAGACUUGGGCGACAACCGCGUUGAGCUGGUGGAGUGGAACCCUGACGCUGCCACCAACGGUAUCCUUGCCGUGGCCGUUGCCGAGCUGGUGAUGCUUGUGGUUCCUCCUGUGUGGGGUUUCGACAUCGAAAACGCCGGUAAACUGAAGAUCGAAGCUGGGUGGGGUUACGACACCUUUGGCCAGACCAAGAAGGGUAACCUCGAUGUCACUGGCGACAACGACCUCGAAAGCGACGCUCCUAAGAAGGAAGUGGGCAAGUGGCAGGCGCCGCUGAAACGUCAAGCCCAGGACGGAGUUGCAGCCAUCAUCACCACCAAACACACCAUCAAGAAGCUUCUGUGGCACCGUCGUGGUGACUACUUUGUCACCGUGGCGCCGCUGGGGGCCAACUCGUCGGUGUUGGUCCACCAGGUGCUGAAGCACGUGUCGCAGCUGCCGUUCCGCAAGCUGAAGGGGAUCAUUCAAGAUGCUAAAUUCCACCCGUUCAAGCCUUUGUUGUUUGUGGCCCUGCAACGUACCAUCAGAGUCUACGACUUGGCACAACAGGUGAUGCUGAAGAAGUUGAUGCCGGGGGCGCGGUUGUUGAGUGGUAUUGAUAUCCACCCUCGUGGUGACCACUUGGUGGCGCUGUCAUACGAUAAGCGCGUGUUGUGGCACGACUUGGACUUGGGUGCUACCCCGUAUAAGACUUUGCGUUACCACGAUAAGGCCGUCCGUGGCGCUAAGUUCCACCGUGGCAAGUUGCCAUUGUUCGCCACUGCUGCUGAUGACGGGUCGUUGCACGUGUUCCACGCCACCGUCUACGAUGACUUGGUAACGAACCCGUUGUUGGUACCGCUUAAGAAGUUGACUGGCCACAAGGUGGUCAAUCUGAUCGGGGUGAUGGACUUGUGCUGGCACCCGAAGGAGGCGUGGUUGUUUUCUGCUGGCGCCGACGGCACCGCGCGGUUGUGGACUACGUAA